GUCCAUGUGACAGGCAAAAGUUGCUCGUACUUUAAUACUGUUUGGGUUGCUAGUACAGGUUCCGUCUUUUAUCCUACAUAGUGUUAGUGUCUUGAUUCUGAACUUUCGCAGUGUGUCAGUGUAGAAACAGCUAACAGUUCCGAUCUACACAACCCAGACAUUCCAUGACCCCAGGCUUACUUCGACGCUGCAAGCCUCCCUCUCUGUUCCCUGGAGCAAGCGCCCGAGUGCGUGUGGUGCUCCCGGUCGGCCACUGCUGGCUGUAUUCCCUGCCCUUGCCCAGUCCUAUUUCUCUGCGGAGGCUUGCCUAGGUCUUGUCUGCUGCGCUUGAUGUAGCUCAGCUUUACAGCGUCUGGGCUAAGCCCACAGUUUCCUUUACAGAGCGAGUCUCCAACUUCAGGCGUCUGGGUCCCCGCACAGCGGGUCUGGCUCGGAGUGGGGAAUCCGCCUUCCCAGCAAGACCCCUGCUGAUGCCGCGGGUCUGAGGACUACGCUUUGGAACCCAAGGCCUCGCAGUGCGUCGAGAUCUGACAGCUUCUCUGCACGGGCCUAGCACCAAUAGUCGAUCAACGCAAAAUCGUCUUCGCAAGUUCAGGAAGCAGAAACCAGAGCGGGAGACUGGAAAAAGGAUCCUAUUGUUUGCUGUGUAAUCCUCAGAAUGGACUGGAAAAGAGGAAGAACUGGGUGUCUUCGUGGGAAUCUUUUGCAGAAGCCCAGGGUAUUUCCAGACCAGUCCCUGGGUGCCAGCCAGAGCAUGGACUAACCAGGUAUCUGGACAGAGACCUGAACUGGAGGAGAUGCGCAUUGGAGGAAAUUGCAGAGGCUGUCAACAUGGAAAAGCAGCCCCAGAACAGCAGGAGAGGCCUCGCUCCCCGAGAGGUACCCCCAGCCGUUGGACUGCUGCUGGUCAUGGCCCUAAUGAACACUCUGCUCUACCUCUGCCUCUACCGCUUCUUCAUUGCCCCUCAGCAGUCCCUGGUGGACCCCAGACACUGUCCCUAUGGUCACUUCAGGAUAGGACAGAUGAAAAACUGCUCACCUUGGCUGUCCUGUGAGGAGCUGAGAACAGAAGUGAGACAGCUGAAGCGUGUCGGGGAAGGAGCCGUGAAGAGAGUCUUUCUGUCUGAGUGGAAGGAGCGCAAAGUUGCUCUCUCACGGCUCACCAGCCUGGAGAUGAAAGAUGAUUUCCUCCAUGGACUGCAGAUGCUGAAAUCUCUACAAGGUGCACAUGUUGUCACGCUGCUUGGCUAUUGUGAGGAUGACAACACUAUUCUUACUGAAUAUCAUCCUCUAGGUUCCUUGAGUAACCUGGAAGAAAUACUAAAUCUUUCAAAGUACCAAAAUGUGAACACAUGGCAGCACAGGCUGCAGCUGGCCAUGGACUAUGUCAGCAUCAUUCAUUACCUGCACCACAGCCCUGUGGGCACGCGGGUCAUGUGCGACUCCAACGACCUGCCGAAGACACUGUCCCAGUAUCUGCUGACAAGCAACUUCAGCAUUGUGGCAAAUGACUUGGACGCCUUACCUCUGGUGAACCACAGCUCUGGGACGCUGGUAAAGUGUGGCCACAGGGAGCUGCAUGGGGAUUUUGUGGCUCCAGAGCAACUGUGGCCCUACAGAGAGGACAUGCCUUUCCGCGAUGAUCUCAUGCCCUCAUAUGACGAGAAGAUCGACAUUUGGAAGAUCCCAGACAUCUCCAGUUUCCUUCUGGGGCACGUUGAAGGGAGUGAUAUGGUCCGAUUCCAUUUGUUUGAUAUUCACAAAGCAUGCAAGAGCCAGACUCCCUCAGAAAGGCCCACUGCUCAGGACAUUCUGGACACCUACCAGAAGGUCUUGGAUACGCUUAGAGAUACCGUGAUGUCUCGGGCAAGAGAGAUGCUGUGAAAACCAGUCCAGCCAGUGAAGGUGGCACAGCAUGCAUCUGAUUUCCCAAGCCAGAAACCUCAGACUCUUUCUUUGCUCCAGGAAGAAAUAUAAUUGAGUUUUUAAAAACUCCACUUUUUGACUCAUUGUGUAAUAAAAUGCAACAGUUUUAAGUGUUCAACGAGUUUUGAUACGUUUAUGUACUUGUGUCACUAUCCCCAUAGGUGAAGAGACAAAACAUUUCUAUCACACCGGCAAAUUCCUCGGUUUCCCAUCCCAAUCAAUCCUUUCACCUCUGCUGGCUCCAGGCAAUGACUCUCUCCUUUCUUUUUAGAAAAAUUAGAAUUUCUUUUUUAGAGUUCCAGUAAUGGAAUCAUACAGUGUCUAAGUCUGUUUGUGGUGCUAUAGCAAAAUACCUGAGACUGGGUAAUUUAUAAAUUAUAGGAAUUUAUUUCUCACAGUUCUGGAUGCUAAAAAGGUUAUGAUCUAGGCACUAACAGGUUUGGUGUCUGAGGGCCCAGUUUCUUCUUUGAAGAUGGUGACUUGAACACUGUGUCCUCACAUAGUAGACAGGGCAGAUAGGCAAAAAAUAAAAAAAAAGGUGAGGGCAGAUGUUGUGUGCGGCCUCUCUCUUAAAGGGCUUAAGCUUAUUUACAAUGGAAGAGCUCUCAUGACCUGAUUACCUCCAAAGACCCACCUCUUAAUACUAUUGCAUUGGAGAUUAAGUUUCAACAUGAAUUUUGGAGGAACACAAGUAUUUAAACCAUAGCAUAUAGUGUAGUAUAUAUUUUUUGUGUCUCUCUGCUUUUGUUCAGUGUAAUGUUUUUGAGGUUCAUCUAUGUUGUUGCAUGUAUCAGUAGGUUAUAUCUAUUGGUGCAUAGUUAUUCCAUUGUAUGGCUGUAUCACACUCUUCAUUUAUCUGCUGAUGGAUAUUGCAUUGUUUCCAGUUUUGGGUUAUUAUGAAUAAAACUGCUGUUAACCUUAAAAUACAA